AUGGCUGAGACCCCGGACUCGUCGGCGGCACAGCAGCCGAGCCGCCAGUCCUCGCUUGCGCCACCCGACGCUAAACUCUCACGCGCCAACUCGUCAACGGCGGCCGCCGGCCCUGGUGAACGUCGCUCUAAGAAUGGCAACACCACCACUAUCAGCGGAGGAACCAGCUUAGGCGGAGGCAAGUCGUCCAAGGAGGGCGGUGGUGGCCAGAAGGGCAAGCUCCAAAGAGCCGACUCGCGCUCGUUGCACCGAAGGUCGUCGACCCGUGGUCAGAGCCAGCAGAUCCAGCCUCAACAGACCCCCUUACGCCCAGCCUCGUCCAACGCGGACAAGGACAGCAAGGACAGCAAGGACAGCAAGGACAGCAAGGACAGCAAGGAAUCAGGAGGAACUGCAACCCAGUCUUCUUCUCAGGCAGCUGCUGCCGACGCCCAGGUUCGUUCUAUCCACACCACCAUGUCACCUGCGGUCACUGCGAUGGAGGCGGCGGUGAAUGCGGCGACUAAGAAACAUCAUGAAACUCACGGCGAGGAUGCGCUGAGCUCGUUGCAGCGCAUGAUCUCGGAUCUCAAGGCAAUCUCCCCAAGCAACUCGCAGCCGGGCUCCCGCUCGGCCAGCGGCAGCCAGAAGGACAAGUCAUCAACAGCCGCCUCGUCGCCCGUCACCAUUCCCACUGCGGCCGGCAGCAAGGCCGAGUCUCAGACCAAACUCAAGGCAGACGCCCCGACCUUUACUCCCGGCUCUUUCGCGUCUGGCACGUCCCCCAUUUCCCCUUCUGCGCCCAGUAUCAGUAGCGUUGGUUCUGCUCCUCGCUCCUCUACGUCUGCCGCUGAACGCGCUGCCAGGCGUCAGUCCGCCAACAUGUCGGUCAGCUUUGGUCAGCCCUCCAUGAGCUUCGGCGGCCUUCCCCACUUCCCCCUCGCCCCCUCCGACUUCCCCGGCACCGGCCAGCCCGGCGGCGACGACUUCGGCGGCGACAUGUUCCAGCAGCAGCAGCAGAUGCUUGCUGCUCAGCAGCUCCAGCUCCAGCUCCUGCAGGCGCAGCUCGUCCAGCAGCAGCUCGCGGCGCAGCAGCAGCGCGACCAGGGUUUCAUCGCCCCCCGCUUCCAGGCCCUUGCCGCCCAGCGUGCUGCGGUUCAGCAGCAGCAGCAGCAGACUGCUCAGCUCGCCGAGGCUCAGCGCCUCUUUGAGAUGCACCAGCAGCAGCAGCAGAUGCUCCUCGCCCAGCAGCAGGUCGACGCUGGUGGUGCGCCCCCCGUGUUCGAGGAAGACUCGCCCGAGCCUACGCCAGCCAGUCUGGGUCCUACCGGUCGCCCGCAGCUGAACCCUGGCUUUACAUUCGGCAAGCGGAGGGAGAGCGCUGUCGAGAAGAAGCCCCGCCCAUCGUCAAUGUUCGUCAAUCGCGAGGAGGCGGCUACCAGUCUUGCCGGCCUGGCUGCACGGGCCCACAAGCGCGCUGGCAGCGAGAUGUCGUCGGCUCUCGAGGAGCAGGUGAGUUUCCGAAAGCUUCCUUUUGUGGCUGACGCGUCCCAGCUUGAGCUCCAGAAGCAGAUCGAGGCGCUCCAGGCCAAACAGAAGGCUCUCAUGAACCAGGACCGCGGCGACAGCCAGUCUCCUCCCCUCUCCGAGCUUUCGGCGUCUCUCAGCAAGCAGCCCGGUGGUCGUCACCGCCGUACGCACUCCAACGCGUCGCAGUCGUCGGCUGCGGGCGGCGACUCCACCUAUGGCAACCUCCUCAGCCCCCGUGAGCAGCCCUCGAUCGUCCGCUCGUUCGGUGGUGAGCCUUCGCCCGUGUCGGGCGGCCGUCCUCAGUCCAUCUCGAUGGGCCACGGCCGUCGUCAUAGUGUGAACACGUACAAGGGCGGCUUUGGCGAGUACGUCGAGGACGGUGGUUCCAUCAGCUUUGGCCACAACCGCGGUGGCUCUCGUGCAGGCUUCGAGUCCGGCAACUGGCGUAUUAACGGUAACGGUUCGUCGACGACCGACCUGGCUUCUGCCCAGGCACAGCUUGCAUCUCUUGCCCAGUUCCGCGCGGCCGCCGGCAGUGGACACGCCAAGAUGCCCUCCUUCAGCUUCCCUAACAUGCUCCCCAACCUCCUCGUCGCGACGACGCUUCAGAACCCGUCGGGCCAGUCCUCGCUGUGGCAGCAGCAGCAGGCGUUCCAGAUGCAGCUGCAGCAGAACCAGCAGGGUGGCGGCGGUCCCCAGCGCAAGUCCUUAUUCGCGCCGUACCUGCCCCAGGCCUCUCUUCCUCCCCUUCUCUCCGCCGGAAAGCUCGUCGUCGGUAUCCUCCGUGUCAACAAGAAGAACCGUUCCGACGCUUACGUCGCGACCGACGUGCUCGACGCCGACAUCUACAUUUGUGGUUCCAAGGACCGUAAUCGUGCCCUCGAGGGUGACAUCGUCGCCGUUGAGCUACUCGACGUUGAUGAGGUCUGGAGCACGAAGAAGGACAAGGAGGAGAAGAAGCGCAAGAAGGAGGAGUCUUACGACUACAAACCCCACGGUAACAAGAAGCAGGAAAAGAAGAAGGACGACAUCGAGGUCGAGGGUCAGGGUCUGUCCCUGUUCGAGGACGAGGAGGUCAACGACGACACCAAGCCCACCUACGCUGGUCACGUUGUUGCCGUCGUCGAGCGCAUGCCCGGCCAGCUCUUCUCGGGUCAGCUCGGUGUUCUCCGUCCUUCCUCGGCCGCGACCAAGGAGAAGCAGGAGGCUGAGCGUCGUGAGCGGGAGGGCGACAAGGCUCGUGCUGCCCCCGCCGAGCCUGAGCCUCGCCCGAAGAUCGUCUGGUUCAAGCCGACUGACAAGCGUGUUCCCCUGAUCGCCAUUCCCACGGAGCAGGCCCCCGCCGACUUUAUCGAGAACCCUGAAGCCCACGCCAACAAGCUCUUCGUUGCGACCAUCAAGCGCUGGCCGAUCACCUCUCUCCACCCCUUCGGUACCCUUAUCGAGGAGCUCGGCCCCAUCGGCGACUGCGAGGUUGAGUCGAGCGCGAUCCUCAAGGACUGCAACUUCCCCACCGAGGAGUUUGCCGACGUCGCGCUCAAGUGCCUUCCUCCCCAGCCUUGGACUAUUCCCGAGCGCGAGCUCGAGAUCCGCGAGGACCUCCGUGACGAGUGCUCCUUCACCAUCGACCCGUCUGGAGCCCGCGACCUCGACGAUGCCCUCUCCAUCAAGACCAACGACGAUGGCACCUACUCGGUUGGUGUCCACAUUGCCGACGUUUCGUACUUCGUCAAGGUCAACACGGCCCUCGACCGUGACGCCCGCAAGCGCGCUACCUCUGUUUACCUCGUCCAGCGCGCCGUGCCCAUGCUCCCUCCCCUUCUCGGCGAGGAGCUCUGCAGCCUGCUCCCCGGUCAGGACCGUCUCGCCUUCUCGGCCACCUUUGUCAUUGACAAGGAGGGUAACGUCCUCGACAAGCAGUUCCGUCGCACCGUCAUCAAGUCCUCCGUCAAGCUUACCUACGAGGACGCGAACAAGAUCAUCAAGGACGGUGCUAUCGAUGCCGAGAAGAUCCACGGCCACCACAAGCCCGAGGAGAUCAAGGCCAACGUUCUCGCCCUUCACGAGCUUGCCGCCAAGCUUCGCAGCAAGCGCAUCGAGGGCGGUGCUAUGCUCGUCAACCGGCCACGUCUCUCGUUCGAGCUCGACGCCGAGGGCAACCCCAUUGACUGCAAUGUCUCGUCCAAGACCGAGGCUAACACCCUCGUCGAGGAGUUCAUGCUCCUCACCAACGCUUCCGUCGCUGCUAUCAUCGCGAACGGUCUGCCUGAACAGGCGCUGCUCCGUCGCCACGAGCCUCCUCUCGAGCGCCGUAUCGAGGCGUUCGUCAAGCGCGCCAAGCUCCUCGGCUACGACAUUGAUGCCACCAACGCCGGCACGAUCCAGCAGUCGUUCGACAAGAUUGACGACAAGGAGGCCGUCUACUGCCUCGAGAUGUACAAGAGGAAGACCAUGCAGACGGCGCGCUACUACUGCACGGGUAUGCUCGAUAUCGCAAAGUACGCCCACUGGGCGCUCAACCUGCCCCUCUACGGCCACUUCACCUCGCCUAUCCGCCGCUACGCCGACGUCCUUGUCCAUCGCAUGCUCGACUCGUGUCUCUCGAGCCCCUCGCCGACCGACGUCAAGUUCCACAUGGACCGCGACCAGAUCGCCAAGUGCGCCCAGCAUUGUAACAUGAAGCGUGCCAGCGGCAAGCUCGCCGAGGACCAGUCGCGCCACCUCUACUUAAGCAUGCUCAUCAGCGACCUGUCGAGCCGCUACGGUCCCGUGCUCCGUCACGCCCGCGUCACUGCCGUCUACGACCAGGCGUUUGACGUUGUCGUCCCCGAGUUUGGCCUCGAGAAGCGUGUGCACCUCGACAAGCUCCCUCUCGAGAACUCGGUGUUUGACGAGCACAAGAACAUUCUCUCCCUCUACUGGACGACCCAGGACGUCCUGUCCUUCCUCACCCAGUCCUCGGAGGACGAGCAUCUGCGCAAGAUCAAGCAGCGCGUCGAGGGCAAGGUCACGGGUGCGGCGACGUCGCAGGCUGCCGAUGCCUCCGCCCUGUUCCAGGACGAUGUCCCUGCUGGUAACUCUGUGCAGUACCAGAAGUCUGCGUCGCAGUCGCCCCUCGUCUUUGAGGGUCUGCGCGAGACGCCCAGCGGCCACCGCAUCCAGGACAUCAAGGAGCUGUCCUCGCUUCCUGUCAUCAUCACGGCGGACAUGUCCAAGAGCCCCCCUGUCCUCGUCGUGUACGCGUGCAACCCCUACUCGACUGUGACCGCCUAA